AUGUUUUUUUUUAUUAUUGGGUUGGCCACAAUAGCAUUUAUAGUUUAUAGAAUUUUAGAAGAAAUCUAUAAAUGUCUACAACCAUUUCCCAAUAUCUAAGCUAAAUAUGGUAAGGACUGUUGGGCAGUUAUAACUGGUGCAACAGAUGGGAUUGGCAAAGGAUAUUGUCAAGUUUUAGCUUAAUAAAAUGUUAAUAUAUGUAUGAUUAUCAGAAAUGAAGAGAAAGCAAAAAUGUUGAUCCAAGAAUUAAGUAAUGGAUCAACAUCAAAAUUUAAAAUUAUAGUAGCUGAUUUUAAUAAAUCUUUAGAGGAAGGGUUUUUUGAUAAAAUAUAUAAAUAAAUUGAGAAUUUGGAUAUAGGAUUGUUAAUAAAUAAUGUUGGAGUCUCACAUGUUUAAAUAUUAAAUUUAUUAUUUAUAGUCAGCACCAUUAGAAAAAUACAAUGACAAUUAAUUAAGAGAAAUAAUUACAGUAAAUUGUUUUCCUAUUGUAUUUUUGACAAAGAAAAUUAUUCCUAAAAUGCUUCAAAGAAAGAAAUCAGCUAUAAUUAAUUUAUCUUCAUUUACAGGUAGAGUACCUAUGCCUUAUAAUCAAACAUAUGCAGCUUCAAAAGCAUUUGAUGAUUUUUUUUCAAGAUCAAUAGCACUUGAAUAUCCAAAUAUUGAUAUAUUGGCUCAUAGACCUAUGUAUGUAACUACACCAAUGACAAAUUUUAAAAAAGGAUAAGGAGCUAUAUCUCCUAUAUAAGCUGCAAAAGGAGCCUUGUAAAUUAAUUAUUUUAUAUUGAUAGACAACGAUUAGGUUUAGAAUAUUCUACACAUGGACAUCUGUUGCACAGAAUACAAGGAUUUUUUGGAGCUGUUGUUGUACCUACAUUUUUAAGAAAUAGAAUUCUGAAAAAGGAGAUGAGAAAAUUAGUAAGAAAGUAUUUGUGA